GGGCGCAAACGGCAGCCACUGCCUCGCUCUGCUUGGACCCUUCUCUGCCGCGUGUGGGUGGUGUGAAACUAGGACAGGUACGGUUUCUGAGAGGGCAUCGACCAACCAGGCUUGAGACCAUCUUGACUUUUAUAUUAAACAUUGCCAUGUGGCGACGUGCCGUGUCCCUGGUGACGCCAGCCUUGCGGUUGCCGACGCAGGGUGCUGGUCUGGCCCCUGUCACAGCCCUGCGCCAAGCCCUCACCCGGCAACCAAUGGGCGUUCGCACUGCCGUCACUCAGCCCAAGCUUGAGCUGACCUCGGAACAGACCGUGGCUGAGGCCGUCACCCGGGACCUCAAGCGCGGCAACCCUUUCUUUGCCGUGGUCCAAGUGGCUGGCAAGCAGUACAAAGUGAGCGCCGACGAUGUCAUCACCACACACCGCCUGGAUGCUGAGCUGGGGGCUCUCAUCCGUCUGGAGAAGGUGCUCUUGAGCGGUGGACCCAGUUUCUCUUUGAUUGGACAGCCACUGCUGCGGACGGACGUUGUCACUGUGCUGGCUGAGGUAACGGAGCACGUCCAGGGUGCGAAGAUCGUGGCUUUUAAGAAGAAAAGGCGCCAAGGCUAUGCUCGCAAGAAAGGUCACCGACAGCCGCUGACCCGCCUGCGCAUUCGAGGCGUGCAAAUUGACGCUCAGUCGCUGGAAGCACAGGGCGCCCAAAAGUUUGCCUAACCAUUUUCCACGUGUUGCCAUGGCCUCUUGCGGCCUUCGGCUGUGUUAUUUUUAUGUAACUCUGGCCUGGCCCUUGGAGGUAUCAGGCGAAAGGCUUAACUUUGCGUAGCUUCCUCCAUUUCCGAUUGUUCCCCCGGCCUCAUCUGGCCUAUUGAGCCAACCUUAGUGAAGAGUUAUAUCUCUUUGAUAGCGCCACUGACCCAACCGCCCCCGUGGUCUUCGUAGCGGUGCUUUCUUUUUCUUUUCUUUUUUUUUACUUUGCCGAUUUGUUCUCUCUCGUCUCGCCCUUUUUUUUUUUUUGCAACACCCCCCUCCCUUUAUGGGGCAGAGUCCCGAACCGCAAGACAUAUCCAAAUU